AUAUACAUACAUACAAACAAACACAUCCUUAGCACUUUCUUCUUCUUCAUCAGAACUACCAAUGGUCUCUGCAACUGCCAUGGCGCCACCCCCAACUCUGCCCCAAUCCGAAAACUCUCCAAUCAAAGACACGCCUCCACGACCGCAACAAGAAGAGAAACCCAAAACCCCACCUCACGACGACGUCGUUCCGCCCAAUUCCGCCACCGACAACGCAGCUGAAAAGAUUCCGGCCGACGACAAUGGAGAUCUCCGGCAGAAUGAAUUGAUCAAUCCCCAAAAGGAUCGAAUCCCUCGCGUGGAGAUUCUGGCGAGCAGCGGAAUCGAAACAAUCCCGAAAGAAUACGUCAGGCCGGAGGAAGAGCGGGAGAGCAUCGGCGACGUAUUCGCCGCCGAGAAGAGCGGCGAGGGGCCGCACGUGCCGGUCAUCGACCUGGCGGAUCUAAACUCCGGCGACGGAGAGCGGCGGAGCAAGUGCCGCAGCGAGCUGAUCAAGGCGGCGACUGAGUGGGGCGUGAUGCACUUGAUCGGGCACGGAAUUGAGGAGGAGAUGACGGCGCGUGUACGCGCCGCCGGCGAAGAAUUCUUCUGGCUGCCGGCGGCGGAGAAGGAGAAGUACGCCAACGAUCAGGCCGCCGGAAACGUCCAGGGCUACGGCAGCAAGCUCGCGAACAAUGCCAGCGGACAGCUCGAAUGGGAAGACUAUUUCUUCCAUUGCGUUUUCCCCCCGCACAAAACCGAUAUUUCAAUUUGGCCCCAAAAUCCACCGGAUUACGUUCCGUCGACGGAAGAGUACGCGCGGCGGCUGCGGGGCCUGGCGGCGAAGAUACUGGCGGUGCUGUCGGCUGGGCUGGGGCUGGAGGAGGGGCGGCUGGAGGAAGAGGCGGGCGGCGCCGACGAGCUCCUCCUGCAAAUGAAGAUCAACUACUACCCGAAGUGCCCGCAGCCGGAGCUGGCCCUGGGGGUGGAGGCCCACACUGACGUCAGCGCGCUGACGUUUAUCCUCCACAACAUGGUGCCGGGGCUGCAGGUAUUCUACGGCGGCCGGUGGGUGACGGCGAAGUGCGUGCCGGAGUCGAUCAUCAUGCACGUCGGCGACACCGUGGAGAUCCUCAGCAACGGGCGGUACCGGAGCAUUCUGCACCGGGGGUUGGUGAACAAGGAGAAGGUUCGGAUCUCCUGGGCGGUGUUCUGCGAGCCGCCAAAGGAGAAGAUCCUGCUCCGGCCGCUGCCGGAGACGGUGUCGGAGGAGGCGCCGCCGCGGUUCCCGCCACGGACGUUCGCUCAGCAUGUGGAUUAUAAGCUGUUCAAGAAGAGUGGUUCUGUUGAUUAGUAUAAGGAAGAGUUUAAUUUGGUUUUAUUUAUAUUUAAUUAAUUAUGCAGUACUUCUUUGGUUAUGUUGU